ACGCACGCACACACACACACACACACACACAGCACGCACACAACAGCACUAUUUUUUCCGCCACGCUGAAUUGGCUUUUGGAGCGAGCGUCUUGCGUGAGGGAACAAAGCAAACAGCAGUGCGCGUGGUGCGUGGUGUGUGAAGUGAGACAGGACUGACCUGAAGGGGAACUGACAACUGAACGCGGCGCCAUGGCUCAUGUGCUUGGAGAGGACACGCGGGACCUGGCGGGCCUUGCGUCCCUCACCGAGGACACCUUGGUGCAUGCCCUCAAGACCCGCUUCAACGCCGACUUUAUCUACACGUACAUUGGCGACAUCUUGGUGGCGAUCAACCCGUUCCGGCCCAUAGAUGGCAUGUACACGCCAACGAAGCAGGCCUUCUACGGCCCUGCUGCACCUGCAGAGCACUUUGAUCACCCGCACACGUUCGCCAUCGCCUCGCGCGCAUACCGCGCCAUGUGCUCCCUCGAUGCCAGCCAGUGCAUCGUCGUCAACGGCGAGUCUGGCGCGGGCAAGACGGAGUCUGCCAAGCAGAUUGCGAGCCAGCUCAUCUUCAUGUGCGGGGCUGGCCACCAAGGCACGUCCCUGGAACAGCGCAUCCUCAAGAUCAACCCCAUCUUGGAGGCGUUUGGCAACGCCCAGACGCUCAUGAACGACAACUCAUCCCGAUUUGGAAAGUACAUGGAGCUCCUGUUUGGCGACGACGGCAAGCUGCUCGGCGCCCUCCUCUCGGAAUAUCUCCUGGAGAAGUCGCGUGUCACGCGCCAGGCGCCCGGCGAACAGAACUUCCACGUGCUGUACUACCUGUUUGCCAUGGACGACGCGCCGACGCUCGGGCUCGAGUCACCGCUCGACUUUGAGUACCUGCAGGCUGGCGAGUUGGAAGACACGCAGGACCUGGCGCUUGAGGUUGAGGAGGCCCUGGAGGAGGUUGGCUUCACGGCACAAGAGGUGCUGCAGGUGAAGCAGCUGCUGGCAGCUGUUCUCUUCCUCGGCAACAUCCAAUAUGGGCCUGAUGGUGACGGCGUGCAGGUGGAAUCCGCAAGCAAGGACGCGUUGGCGAAGGUUGCGUCGCUGCUGAAGAUUGAGGAAGAGGCCCUCUCGCUUGCACUCGUCCAGGCAACGGCACGCACGCGUAACGAAAUCAUUGUCAGGCACUACAGCGAGGAGCAGGCCAUUGAUGCGCGUGAUGCGAUGGCCAAGGCCGUGUACAGCCGGCUCUUCUCCUGGCUCGUGUACCGCAUCAACAAGAUCCUCUGCCCCGAGGACCUGGCCGCUGCCGCGCGCGUCGGGCACAUUGACGGGCUGUGCCGCAGCAUUGGCAUCUUGGACAUCUUUGGGUUUGAACACUUUGACACCAACGGCUUUGAGCAGUGGUGCAUCAACCUCGCCAACGAGCAGCUCCAGCACUUCUUCAACCAGCACGUGUUCACGCUGGAGAUGGAGGAGUACCGGAAAGAGGGCGUGGACGCGUCAGAUGUCACCUUCCUCGACAACACCCCAAUCCUCAACAUGUACCUUGAGAAGCCGCUUGGGCUGUUGGCGCUGCUGGAUGAGGAGAGCGUGUUCCCAAAGGCGUCCGACAGCACACUUGUGGCCAAAUUUGUGCGCAACUUUGGCAAGCACGAGCACUUCCGGCCGAGUCUGACGAACCGGCCCAUCUUUGACGUGCGCCACUAUGCCGGCGACGUCACGUACUCGGCAACGGGGUUCCUCGACAAGAACAGGGACAGGCUUGCCUCGGAUGUGGUCUCUGUGUUGCAGAGCAGCGAGCUGCCAAUCAUGACGGACAUGUUUUACGGGCGGAUCACGGACACGGGGCGCCUGGAGCCGAUGGUGAUCAAGCCCUCGUACGGUCGCGCCACAGUCAGCAGGAAGAUGCACUCCGCAAAGCAAUAUGCCAGCGGGGUGUCGAAGCGUCCGCCGUCUGUGAGCCAGCACUUCCGCAACUCGCUCGCCCAACUCGUCGCCAAGAUGCAGCUCUGCAGCCCGCACUUUGUGCGCUGCAUCAAGCCCAACACCAACAAGGCGCCUUGGAUCUUCGAGAACAAGUACAUCACCAUGCAGCUGCGGUACACGGGAGUGCUGGACACAAUCCGCAUUCGAAAGGAGGGCUACUCCUGGCGCCCAAAGUUCCAGGAAUUCGUGGACGGAUUCAGGACGCUGGCAUUUGCGUGGAACGAAACGCCACCGCCAACUCGUGACUCAUGUCGCCUCAUUCUGAAGAAGGCAGGCAUCACAUCAGGGUUCAAGAUGGGUCACACCAAGGCGUUUCUCAAGUAUUUCCACAAGGACACCCUGGUCACGUGCAUGGAUGACUUCCAACACGCAGCGCGCGUCCUCCAGAAAGUCAUCGUCGGGCACCUGUCACGGCGCCGCCUUCGCCAGUUUGUGAGCGAGCGCGAGACGCAGCAGCAGCAGGUGUCGGCCUUCCUUGAACUGCUUGAGCUGCAGGGCGAGGGCGCUGCCAGUGGUGUGCGCGCACAGAACCGCUCCGAUGACCACAAGAAGCACCAGCGCAUCAAGCAGGAGGAGGAGCGGCAGCGACAGGAAGAGGAAGAGAGAAAGCAGCGGGAAAAGGCGCGCGCAGAGGCUGAGCGACAACUCCUCGAGCGAAUCUCGAAGCUUGAGGCCGAGCGUCAGAGCAAAGCGCAGGAGACAGAGGAGAUGCUCCGGCAGGCCCGCGACGAGGCGACCCGACGGGAGGAGUUGGAGCAGCUGCUGCACGCCGAGCAGGAGCGCAUCCGCGAGCAGACGCAGAAGCAGCUGCAGGAGCGCCUUGAGGCCGAGGAGCGGCUGCUGCAGGAGCAGGAGAAGGCAAUGGCCGUGCAAGCGCUUGAGCUUGAGCGGGAGCGGCUCAAGUCGACGACCGGCCGCGGUCCGCCCACCAUGUUCGAGCAGAAACAAGCGCAGCUGAAGCGGUACAUGGACCGGAUGGAGGCGCUGCGGUGCCAGGCCCGCGGCAUCACGCGGCCGGGCGUCAACCUCGGUAUUGCCCACCUCGCGGAGCACCUCAAGGAGUCCCUCAGCAAAGUGCCAGACCCCCAGCUUGUUGCCGUGAGCAAGACGCGGGCGACGGGAUUCCUGGAGAAGCAGGGCGAAGUGCGCACCGCUUGGAAGAAGCGUUUCUUUGUCCUCGACCUGAAGAAGCAUUCGCUGUUCUACUGCACGGACGAGUCGUGCUCGAACGUCAAAGGCGCUGUUCAGACCGCCGAGAUGCUCUUCGUCGCGCCGGCCGUCGACGAGCCAACGGGCUUUAUCAUCGGAACACCGCGCCGCAACUACGUGAUGCGUGCUCCCUCCGUGCCCGUGCGCGACGCCUGGCUUGAGAUGAUCCGCGUCUGCCUCCCAGAGGCCGGCCGCAAGCUCACCAGCUCAGAGCACGUGCUCCAGGCGGAGGCGGUGCGUGCGGAGUAUGAGGACCGCAUCGCCGUCCUGCGCUCGCAGGUCCGAUCACUCGAGCACAAACUCGAUCUCGAGAAGAUCAAGCGCGUCGACGCAGACAUUCGUGCAAAGACUGCAAUGACUGAGAAGGAGAAAGCGCAGAAGCGGGAGGAGGAGCUGCAGACGACGUACAUGGAACGCCUCGUCACCGCGGCGCAGCAGCCAAAGGCAGACAAGACCGCAACCCUCACCAAGAGCGGCGUCACCCCAACCAUCGAGGAUCCACAGCGGGAGGCGAUCUUCGAGGUUGCGCAGGCAAACGGCCGUGCCUCCCAGCAGGCACUUGAUCAGCUGAACAUCCGCGGAUUCCUGCAGGCGCAAGUUGGCGCCAACGCCAUUCCAACUCGCCUCGUCAUCACCCAGUGGGGACUGCAAGGCCACUUGACGAAGCUCGGGUCGUUCAUGAAGACAUGGCGCCGGCGCUGGUUCUCCCUUGACCUGCGGCGCGGCAAACUCGCCUACUUUUCUGACGAGAACUCCGCAUCGGAGCUGGGCAGCGUGGCGCUCGCUGACAUCUGCAACGUGGUCGUGCCGCAGUCGCUCGAGGCAAAGAGCACCAACACGUUCCUGGUGGUCACGGGCAAGCGCACGUUCAACCUGCGCGCAGACACGCCGUCGGCGAUGCUGUGCUGGUACCACGUCAUCACCGCCGCUACCGUCCCCAGCGAGGGCAGCAGCGUGUGAGGCGGCGUUGGUGGGAGAUGGAUGAUGACGGAUGAAUGCAGUGGUCAUAGGCGAGCAGGAGAGAGAGAGAGAGAGAGAUGGGGAGACAAUGGGGAGACGAUGGGGAGAGCGGCGAGAGAGGUCGCCACCGGGAUGCUCUGUCUCUUGUCAUGAUGCUUUGCGUGCUUUGGUGUGGUUGCGUGUUUGCUUUUUUUGGCGCAUGCGUGUUUGCUCGUGUGUGUGUGUGUGCGUGUGUGUGUGUGUGUGUGUGUGUGUGUGUGUGUGUGUGUGUGUGU